AGCACGGUGAAAACAUAGUGGCUGUGAAUUGAGAUUGCUCCAAUGGCAACGAACGUCCAUACGCACCGACAACAGUGAUAACUUACGAUUUCCACUGGGAGCGGUUACAAGAAGGAAUUAGGCUCUGUCUAUACCAGAACUGACGGACGAUGCAGCAACAAUUCCAGGCAGUUCUUCUGGCGGCAUGUUAUUUCCUCGCCUGCUCGAACGCAUUUGAAAUACCGGAUCGUUACAAAAAGCCUGCGAAAAUACUGCAUGAAACGUGCGUUUCCGAGUCCGGUGCCUCGGAGGAACUACUUCGACAAUGUCUGGACGGCACGAUCCACGCCGAUAAGGCCGUCCAGUGCUACAUUCACUGUCUGUUUGAUAAAAUUGGAGUCAUCGAGCCGGAAACGGGACGCAUUUUCCUUGAAUGGCUAACAGACAUGUUACCAACCGACAUGCUACCGACCGACAUGCAGCAUGCCAUAGCCCAUCUAACGCGCGAGUGUGGACACAUUGUUACCGAGGACAAAUGUAAUACCGCAUAUCAGACGGCCAAAUGUUACUUCAGUGCGCAUGAAGAUGCGAUCAAGUUCUGCCAUCUUUUGAUCUUGGAUUAAACAGACCAACAACUACGGAAGUACUAUGGUAUCCGUCUUAAUUAACACGCAUCGUGAUGGCGAGAUUUCGGGUAUGGUUUGGCACAGAUUCCACAUCGGAAUAUUUCAUUUACUUUCACAGCAAUGGUGGGUGGUUUCAAUCGAAUGUCAAUAAAUGGCGACCAGCGAUAAACAUGAGCCGCAAGAGCGAAUUAAAUCUAUUAAUGGGAACGGUUCCGCAUCCUUCCACAUUCGUCCUGCAUUCGAAUGUUGAGAUCGUAGAGAGUACUGCCGAAAUUAUGGCGAAUCGGAACUCAUUUGAAAGUUCAAAGUGGAACCCAGAAAAUCUGAUGGUAACGACGAGUGAACGAAACCAUGAAUGGAUCGAACACAUUCAUUCGUCAUGUAGAGCUUAUUCAUAUGAAAAGGAACCGUUCUCAAACAGGUGCGCAUUCCAGGCUUAUUUAAUUUCGAACCUUUAUGUUACGUCUAUUGGAUAUGCGCUUAUGGAGCAUACACAAUUAAGGGGACCUAUAGGAAUUAUUUGGAAUUUAAAUCAAUUAGUUUAAAAUUUCAUCCAAGGUACCUGCU